GUGUGUGAAAUUUUCAGCAGGCGCCGCGACAACGGGAACGCAGAAGUUUUAGUUAUUUUAAGUGCUUAAAAUAUUGAACGAUUAUAAGAAACGAUGGCGUUGCGUGUACUUGGAGUAACGCAGAAUAUGCGCUCAUACAUGCGCGGCGUUGACUUGAUCAAGCGCUACAAAUCGGCUCUGACCGUUAAGAAGACGCUGCUGAAUAUACCCGCCACCCAGGUAACCAGGCUGGACAAUGGCCUGCGCGUCGCUAGCGAAGAUUCGGGCGCAUCCACCGCCACUGUUGGUCUCUGGAUCGAUGCUGGCUCGCGUUCCGAGAACGACAAGAACAAUGGCGUUGCCCACUUCUUGGAGCACAUGGCCUUCAAGGGUACUGCCAAGCGUUCGCAAACCGACCUGGAGCUCGAGGUUGAGAAUAUGGGUGCUCACCUUAACGCGUACACAUCUCGCGAGCAGACCGUGUUCUACGCCAAGUGUCUGUCUAAGGAUGUGCCAAAGGCCGUUGAGAUUUUAGCCGACAUUAUUCAGAACUCCAAGCUGGGUGAGUCGGAGAUCGCACGCGAACGUUCGGUCAUUCUGCGCGAGAUGCAGGAGGUGGAGAGCAAUCUGCAGGAGGUGGUCUUCGAUCACUUGCACGCCACUGCUUAUCAGGGCACUCCCUUGGGCCAGACGAUUCUUGGCCCCACCAAGAACAUUCAGUCCAUUGGCAAGAGCGAUCUGACCGACUACAUUCAGACCCACUACAAGGCAUCGCGCAUUGUUUUGGCUGGUGCCGGUGGUGUCAAGCACGACGAACUUGUCAAGUUGGCCGGUCAAAAUCUUGGAAGCUUGGAGUCCAGCGUGCUGCCAGCUGAAAUAACUCCCUGCCGCUUCACUGGCUCCGAGGUGCGCGUGCGUGACGACUCACUGCCUUUGGCUCAUGUAGCUAUUGCUGUUGAGGGCUGUGGCUGGACUGAUCAGGAUAACAUCCCAUUGAUGGUGGCCAACACCUUGGUAGGUGCCUGGGAUCGUUCCCAGGGCGGUGGCGCCAACAAUGCAUCCAACUUGGCCCGUGCCAGUGCCGAGGACAAUUUGUGCCACAGCUUCCAGUCUUUCAAUACCUGCUACAAGGACACCGGUCUGUGGGGCAUCUACUUCGUUUGCGAUCCAUUGCAGUGCGAGGAUAUGCUUUUCAAUGUGCAAACCGAAUGGAUGCGUCUGUGCACCAUGGUCACAGAGGCUGAGGUCGAGCGCGCCAAGAACUUGCUGAAGACGAACAUGCUUCUCCAGCUGGAUGGCACCACCCCCAUUUGCGAGGACAUCGGUCGCCAGAUUCUGUGCUAUAAUCGCCGCAUCCCAUUGCACGAACUGGAGCAGCGCAUUGAUGCCGUCAGCGUGCAGAAUGUGCGCGAUGUCGGCAUGAAGUACAUCUAUGACAGAUGCCCCGCCGUGUCCGCCGUUGGACCCGUCGAGAAUUUGCCCGAUUACAACAGAAUUCGCUCCUCCAUGUACUGGUUGAGGGUCUAAGUAGCUACGAUGCUCUGGUCUGAAAGAUAUUGUUGCUAGCCGUGUAGAUUAAUUCAAGAAAAAUUCUAUCCAAGAGAAUCAGUAAAAACCAAACUAAAAUAAAACCAACACACAUAACUUAAAAUGA